AUUUCAAAAUUUAAAAUUCCACUGGGCCAGCUCCUCCCGAGCACCGACAGCGUCGCUGCAGCUCCACGCUACAGCCCACCCAAACAGAUCCGUGGACGCGAUUCGCCCAAACCACGGCAACCAUGGCCGCCGCCGCCGCCGCCUGCUACUCCCCAGCGCGCAUCGCCAUAUCCUGCUCCAGCUCCUCAUCCUCCGCCGCCUCCAUGCCGGGACGCCCGUUGCGCGUGGCCGUGGUGGGCGGCGGCCCCGCGGGCGCGUCGGCGGCCGAGGCGCUGGCCUUGGCCGGGGCGCGGGCGUUCCUCCUCGAACGGAACCCCGCGGGCGCCAAGCCCUGCGGCGGCGCCAUCCCGCUGUGCAUGCUCGACGAGUUCGCCAUCCCGCGGGACCUCGUCGACCGACGCGUCACACGCAUGCGCAUCCUCUCCCCCUCCAACCUCGCCACCGACUUCUCCCGCGCGUUGCCUCCGGGGGCCCACAUCCCCAUGCUCCGCCGGGAGGUGCUCGACUCCUUCCUCCGCCGCCGCGCCGCGGACGCCGGCGCCGCGCUCGUCCCGGGCCUCGUCACCUCGCUCUCGCUCCCCACAGGGCCCUCCGACCCCUACCUCGUGCACUACAUCUCGUCCUCGUCGUCGGAGGGGACGGGCCGGGGCGUGCUCGAGGUCGACGCGGUCGUCGGCGCGGACGGCGCCAACAGCCGCGUGGCGCGCGAGGUCGGGGCCGGGGACUACACGACGGCCAUCGCGUUCCAGGAGCGCAUCCGACUCCCCGAGGCCGCCAUGGCGUACUACGACGACCUCGCCGAGAUGUACCUUGGCGGGGACGUGUCACCGGACUUCUAUGGCUGGGUGUUCCCCAAGUGCGACCACGUCGCCGUCGGCACGGGUACCGUUGCCGCCAAGCCGGAGAUCAAGCGCUUCCAGUCCGGCAUCCGCGCUCGCGCGGGCGCCAAGAUCGCCGGCGGACGCGUGGUCAAGGUGGAAGCACACCCGAUCCCUGAGCACCCGCGCCCGCGCCGCGUCGUCGGGCGCGUCGCGCUGGUCGGUGACGCCGCGGGGUACGUCACGCGGUGCUCCGGCGAGGGCAUCUACUUCGCGGCCAAGUCCGGCCGGCUGUGCGGGCAGGCCAUGGCCGAGGAGUGGGCGCGCACGGGCGCCGUGACGGAGGCCGGGCUGAGGCAAGGCUACCUGCGGCGAUGGGACGACGAGUUCCUGCUCAUGUUCCGGUUCCUGGACCUGCUGCAGCGCGUGUUCUACGUGGGGAACGCCGGGCGCGAGGCGCUGGUGGAGAUGUGCGCCGACGAGUACGUGCAGCGGCGUUCGUUCGAGAGCUACCUGUACAAGCAGAUGGUGCCGGGCGAUCCGCGGGGCGACCUCCGGCUGCUGUGGCGCACCGUGGCAAGCAUGGUGCGCUGCGGCGUCCUCGGCAGGGAGGUGGAGCGGUUGCGCCGGCUCGAGCUGCAAGCGAGAGAGCUGCGCGUCUAGCACUGUGCUGUCGCACUGCGCACUGCUGCUGUACUGAAUAAUGUUGUUCUCCUUGAGCUGUAAAAUCAUUCCUGCAUUUGCCACAUGCAAAAUGCUACAUUUGAUUCGUAUGCUAAGGACAUUGUAUUGCCGAACUCGUCUAAGGUAAGAUAUGGUAAUCUUGCCACAGCCAGCAGGUGUGGCAAGAUGUGCUAA